UCACUAAUAACAUAUGAUCACUGCAACCGAAUUGCAUGGUUUACUUCUUUUGAAACCAUGUAAAAUAUGAUCGAUCGUAUUGUUUUUACACAACAACCUAUUUAUUUUAGAGUAUUUUGAAACGCUCAAAGUGACAGUCGCUUUACUUGAAAAUACAGGGAUAAUGUUAUCAAUGUUAAAUCGGUAUAUAUCUCGUGGCCUGAGCCCAAAGCUAUGGGCCAGAAGUUAUACAGCAGUUGUGGAUGCCCAACAGGAAUUGGCACUAAAGGAAAACUGUAUACUAGUGGACGAGCAUGAUAAAGCGAUUGGUUAUAGUAGCAAAGAAGACUGCCAUCGUGUAAAUAAGGAAACGGGCGAUAUAAGAUUACAUCGCGCAUUUAGUGUAUUCUUAUUCAAUUCAAAGGGAGAGAUGUUGGUACAGCGACGAUCGAAGCAUAAGAUCACAUUUCCCGAUACAUAUACGAAUGCUUGUUGUAGUCAUCCACUACACGAUAUUGACUUAGAACGCGAGGAAUCGAAUGCAAUUGGCAUAAGAAGAGCUGCUCAACGACGCCUCAGUUAUGAGUUGGGUAUACCACAAGAACAAAUUCUGCCAGAAUCUUUUAAUUAUUUAACGCGAAUACAUUACAAAGAUUGCGGCGACGGCGUGUGGGGUGAACACGAAAUCGAUUAUAUACUAUUUCUGCAGAAAGACGUUGACCUAAAUCCCAAUGAGAAUGAAGUCAGUGAAGUGCGUUACAUUAAACGUAAUGAAAUUGAUGCAGCUGUGACGAAAUUCAAUGCACCACUCACACCGUGGUUUAAACUUAUUCUGCGUAGUAAACUCAAAGAAUGGUGGGAUAAUUUGCAUAACUUAAAUCCGUAUGUGGACACAAAUGCCAUACACCGCUUUUCGCGUUAAAUUGUGUUCGUAUACAUAGGAGAACUUGUUCACAAGCACCAGCACCAUUUUCGUUUAUGAUAAUUAGUUUUGUUAUUAAAAUUCUGGAAAAUAUUAAAGCAUUGGUUACGGGCCAACUUUACAAUUUCUAUCGUUUUAUAUAUAAUAUAAAACACAAAAAAAAAAUGCACACACAUAUAUUUAUGAAGACUGGCUUGCAUUUCUAAACGAAUUUCAUAUGGUGGCGUGACAUUUUUCACAGUUAAUUGAAGGGCGUUUAUAAUGUGCGGUUUAUUAUUACACUCAUCUCGAAUGUCUUCAAUCGAUGUAUAAUAAAUAUAUAAGAUGCAACUGUUCAAUUGUUCAUUGCAUAAAAGAAAUUAUAGUCAUUCAUUAGGUGCAUAUGGUUAUACCAAAGAGGUCAAGCGCCCAAAUGGUAAUACCAAAGAGUUUUUAUAAAAAAAAGUGUAGUAGUUGGAAGUGGUUAUUUUGAUUUUACGAAAAUAUAAGAAAAAACAAGAGCGAUAAAUCACUUUUCAGUUUUUUUAUUUUGAUUUAUGUUUGUAUGUAUACAUUUUGUAUUUGUUUAUGUAUAUUUAUGUAAAUAACAAUAAAGUACAAUAGUUUAGUAAAACGAU